AUGAGAACAAAAGUGGUGGGGGGGCCUCUGGCGUUGCUCAUGGCCUGGUGCGCAUUGCUCCUGUGGUUGACCAUAGUCGAUAAGCCUUGCGUCGCCGGUGCUCUUCUUGGAAACUUCCUCCAUUAUAUUUCUACCUAUCAGUGCCUCCCAACAUCUCUCAGGGCCUUCCUGCAGACUCUCUUGCGCUGGCUCUGCAAACUGCACAAUGCCCCCCCUCGGGUGGCUCGUUGGCUCGGCAGCCCCUCCAACCCGCUCAAGCCCCUCGGCCGGGUCUGCCGAUGGCCUUUAAUUGCCUACGCCGCAUGGCUGGGCGUCACCUAUACCACCUUGCUCGUCUAUUACCACCGCCGGGACGCACUAUCGACUGUGGUUUGCGCUACGCCUUACGUUGUCCCCCAGCUCGUGCUAUGCCAGCCGCUGGGGUUGCCAACCCCCGACCUCCUGGCUGGGAUACCGCAGGCCCGAGGGGGGUUUGCUGGUGCCAUGAAGCAGCUGCUCCAUGAAGCAGAUGCUCUCUUGACCAUACUCCGUAACAUCCACGCCAACCUCGAUCACAUCAAAACCUCAGCCAUCUCUAUCAAGGGGCUCAGCAGCACCUCCACUCACACCGUCCUCCAAGACCUGUGGGUCUUCAUCGUGGGAAAAGAAACCGGGGCGGAGAUCAAGGGGCACAAGAAGCUGCUGGGGAAAAUCCCUCUCUUUUACGACGCCGCAAGUGCUGCGGUGCGAGAUAUCCAAAGCUCGCUUCUCCAGGCCAAGGCCGAGAUGAAAUCCCUCGCUUCAUUACCACACAUAAAGGGGGGACAUUCUCCUCGAAGUAUGCCCCCCUCAACUCGUCGCAACCACGCUGCGGAGGUCCGCGGAGGUGCUGGAGGCGAGCACGCAGAAGUUCGAAGGGAAGAGUGCUAG